CUCCAGCAGGGGGCUCCACAUCCCCUCCACCGGCUCUCCGGUGUCUCGGUGUCGGUAACGGUGAUGAUGGAGGACCGGGGGGGCACUGAUGGAGCUGUGACUCGACCGUGAUGAUGGACCCGUUAGACGGUUCCGGUUCCCCCCGGCGGGAGGAGGCGGAGAGCGGGAACAGCCGGUGUCCGUGGGCCCGGUUCUCCUGCUGGCUGGAGUGCGUUUGUGUGGUCACCUUCGACCUGGAGCUCGGACAGGCUAUAGAGCUGGUUUAUCCUCAGGAUGUCAAGCUCACUGAGAAAGAGAAAACGAGCAUCUGCUACCUGUCCUUCCCUGACUCUUACUCGGGAUGCCUUGGGGACACUCAGUUCAGCUUCAGGUUACGUCAGUCAGUGGGACGGCGAGGGGCGAGGAGCAGAGAGGAUUGUUACAACCGAGAUGCUCCGGUUACGCUGCAGACAGAGUCGUCGCAUUUUUUCGGUUUCGUUUAUUUUAGACAGGUGAAGGACACGACUGUGAAGAGAGGGUACUUUCAGAAGUCCCUGGUGUUCGUGUCCAGAUUACCGUACACUCACCUGUUCCACUCGCUGCUGCAGAUCGUCGCACCUGAGUUCUUUGAGAAGCUCGAACCCUGCCUGGAAACAGUGUGUAACGAGAUCGACCAGUGGCCAGCACCUGUACCUGGAUUGACCCUUAACCUACCUGUGAUGGGUGUGGUCUUACAGGUGAGGAUUCCCUCUAAAUCAGACAAACCAGGAGGAAGUCCAGUGAGAGCUGCUGCCCGACAGGAUCUUCUUCCUGCUCCCACACUGCUGCCGACCAUCCACGAACUUGACCUUUUUAAGUGUUUCCAGCCUGUCCUGAUCCACCUGCAGAUGCUCUGGGAGCUCAUCUUACUGGGGGAACCACUAGUCAUCAUGGCUCCAUCUCCAGCGGUCUCCUCAGAAAUGGUGCUGGCUCUGGUCAGCGCCAUCAGUCCUCUGAAGUUCUGCUGUGACUUCCGUCCCUACUUCACGAUCCACGACAGCGAGUUCAGAGAGUACACCACCAGAACACAAGCUCCGCCUAACGUGGUUCUGGGCGUCACUAACCCGUUCUUCAUAAAGACGUUUCAGAGCUGGCCUCACGUCCUGCGGCUUGGAGAAAUCAAGAUGUCAGGUGAUUUACCCAAACAGGUGAAAGUGAAGAAACUGUCCAAACUGAAAACUCUUGACACCAAACCAGGUGUCUUCACAUCGUUCAGGUCGUUUCUGCAUAAAGACAAAAUCCUGAUCAAGAGACUCCUGAAGGGCAUACAGAGGAAGAGACCGUCAGAGGUUCAGAGCGCCAUCAUCAGGAGACACCUGUUAGAGCUCACACAGAGCUUCAUCAUCCCUCUGGAGCGCUACAUGGCGAGCUUGAUGCCUCUGCAGCGGUCUGUGACGGCGUGGAAGACUCCUCCUCAGGUGCGACCCUUCAGUCAGGAUGAGUUCAUGGCGACUCUGGAGCACACAGGACCUCAGCUCACCUCCAUGCUGAAAGGUGAUUGGAUGGGACUGUACAGGAAGUUCUUCAGGUCUCCGAACUUUGACGGAUGGUUUCGCCAACGACACAGAGAGAUGACUCAGAAACUGGAGAGUCUCCACCUGGAGGUCAUCUGUGAUGCUGACUUGCUUGGUUGGACCAGAGAGAAGUCGGAGGUGGAGAUCGUCGAUUUGAUCCUGAAGCUCAGAGAGAAACUGGUGAAAGCUCGGCGGCAGCAGCUGCAGGUGAGAGACGGCGUUCUGGAAAAACUUGACGAUUUUAUUCACACCAUCAUCGAGUCGCUGCCUGAAGACCUGCAGACCGUCCUCAACACGCAAUAAACAAACAGUUGAAACACUAUUAAUACAGAGAAAUGAUAUAAGCUUUGUUCACCCCAAACACUCGAUGAACACACAUGAAAGGAGUUUUAAACUCGACGUCUUUUGCUGCAUUUCCACCCGGUGGUCUGGUUUGGUUUGGCACAGUAAACCCUGAUCUCCCUCACAUUUUUACAGCCAGUGUCCAUCCAGUCUUGCUUGUGGUGAUGGGAACACCAGCUUUUUUUAGAAAUCUGAUCAUUUAGCACAGAUCAAAAGUAAGAGAGGGUUUUUUGGCUCCUAAAUGGAACUUUAUUUGGUUCCAUUUUGCCUUUUUUCUUUCAGAGUUUAUUUCCUAAAUAUAAAACUACAUAUGACAAAAUGAAGGAGAAAAGGUGCUGGUAUACCUGGGUUAUUUGGUACCUUUAUCAACUUUUGAUAGUGGAAACACAAUUUAUUCCAUACAAUACUGAACCAGAACACUUGGUGGAAACAGCUUUGAAGCCUUCACUCAGUAAAAUUCUGAUACUUUAAGAAAAAGUAAAUUAAAUGAAGAUAAUUUAAACUAGAAUGAAUUAGUGGAAGUUGUAGUUAGAGUAGGUAAACUGUUAACUUGAUGAAGCCGCUGGUUUGUUUUUGUUUGUUCUCACGUAGAGCAUUCAUUGGUUGUUUUCUGGGCAUUUCUUUCUGUUGCGUUCAAAGUCUUUUUUUUGUACAAAGUUUUGGAGUUUUGAUGAUAAAUGUUGGAUAACGUCUUUGGGUUACACCAUAAAGGGACUGAAGGUCAGAACUUAUUGACAUUAUGAGUUUAUUUACAUAAAGUAUUACUGCACAGGAUUGUUUUUUCUCUCCACCCGUUCUCAUUCAGUUUUCCUGUUUUUGUUGUCUUUAAUGAUGUCUUUUUGUUCCUGAGGACAUGGAUGGAUAAUUUCAUCCAAUAAUUUCAAAUGUUAAAUAAUAUAACCAAUGUUAUCUGACAUUUUGAUGUAUGUUUGAGUUUAUUUUGUUCCUCAUUUUCUUUAUUUUUCUAUUUUAACCUUUAAAUUUUGCCAACAGAUGAAGUUAUUUUUCUAUCACAGCUUUUCCCCACACAAGCCGAAGUCAGUGAAUGUAACACUCUCUCCUACAGUAUUAUUAUUUUAUUAAUCUUUGUUGUUGUUUAUUUUCAACUGUAAAUAAUUUUCUUUAAAAAGUAA